CUCCAUCUCGCUGAGCUGCCCCUCACAGGUGCUAAAACCAUUCUGCCCGCAAGUUCUUUCCGCCUCCUUCUUGCACAUUCCACGCGCCGCCGCACUCCCCGGCUUCCAGCGCAAGUUAGCCAGUGCAAGUGGCUGCAGCCUCACCAAAAGGAACACCGACCGAGUACCUACCGCCAAACGUGCGUACCUUCCUGGUCCCAGCACCGGGUUGCCGUCCAGCUAAACCUGCACCUCCACCUCCGCCGCCAAAACUUGUCAACUCCAUCUUCAACCUCGCAACUCAACCCUCUCUCGCUACAACUUCACCCUGUUGUUUUCCUCUCUCUCGUCCCUCAAGAUACCCUCUGCUUUAUCUCUUCUUCCCCCCCUCACUCUCCAAAAUGGCGACUACUUCUUUGCCCGAAGUCCUCUGGGCUCAGCGAUCUUCCAUCACCGAUGAAGAGAAGAACUUCGUCUACAUGACCAUCACCGCCCCCGAUGUUCUCAAGAGCGACAUCAAGCUUGACCUCAAGCCCACCGGCGUCACCUUCACCGGUACCUCCACCACCCUCAAGAAGACCUUCCACCUCGAUGUCGAGUUCUUUGACGAGGUCGUGCCCGAGAAGAGCCGCAUCAACCACACCGGCAAGAACAUCGAGAUGAAGCUGCAGAAGAAGGAGCUCAAGGAGGAGUACUGGCCUCGGUUGUUCAAGGAGAAGGCGCGCUACCACUUCCUCAAGACCGACUUCGAUAAGUGGGUCGACGAGGAUGAGCAGAACGAGAACGCUGAGGAGGACAUGUCCCAGUUUGGAGGUGGCAUGCCUGGCAUGGAUGGCGGUGCCGGUGGCGACUUCGGCGGCAUCGACUUCUCCAAGCUUGGCGGUGCCGGUGGCCUUCCCGACAUGCAAGGCCUAGGAGGCAUGGGAGGCAUCCCUGGCAUGGGAGCUGGUGCUGGUGAUGAUGAGGAGGAAGAGGAUGACGAUGACGAUGAUGAGAUCCCCGACCUGGAGGGUGAUGCCCCCAAGCCUGCUGCUGCGGCAGCGGCUACUACUACUACUACUACUACUACCGAGGAGAAGAAGGCUUAAACGACUUUAUGGAAUUUGGGCUUUCAGGGCGGUUGGUGCUGCCACCGGAAACUGAGCGAAGGUGGCUUGGCGUUGCGCCGUCGGAUUUUGAACAGAUCUCACUCAACGCUACUACCCGUUGCGCUGUGGAAAUAGGAAAACUUCAUGUUAACAAGUAAAAUAUAUGACCUUAUGCGAA